UUCAUGGUGAUGAACAAUUAAAUCCGGUAAGAGUUGAAAUUAACAACUUGAAAGCAAGUCUUGUAUUUAUGGAAACAGAUAUAAAUGUGGAAGAUACAGAUGAUGAACUUAACUCUGUGAUUGUUGAUACAGCCGAUGCUUAUCUUGUUAUAUACGCAGUUGAUGAUCGUGGUUCAUUUUAUACAGCAAGAAAAAUAAUCGGUUUAUUGUUAAGUCAAUGUAAACGUUCCAGUGCUAUAAUACUUGCAGCCAAUAAAUCUGAUUUAGUGAGAACACGAGUAGUAUCUAGUGAAGAUGGAAAGAAUUUAGCUCAAAUCUAUUCAUGUAAUUAUUAUGAAAUAUCUACAUCAAUUAAUCAUCGUGUUGAUGAUUUAUUAGUUGGUAUAUUAAUUUCUAUUAAAGAACAACAAAAAAAUGUACAAAAAGAACGUGAACGAUUAGAUCGUAUGGUAAUAUUACAAAGAAAAGGAUCAAAUCAUUCACCAAAACAUAAAAAUUCUAUUACAGUAUUAAAAACACCAGCUAAUAAUGUUAUGAAAUUUUUUAGAAAACAUUUUACAAUAAAAAAAAAUGAACAAAAUUUAAUUUAAAUUAAAAAAAAAAGUUAAAAAAACAAAAGAAAAAGAAAAAGAAAAACAACAACAACAACAAAAAAGAAAAGAAAAGAAACGAUAUGUGUGUGUGUGUGUGGGUGUGUAUUUUGAUGAAGUUUUAUUCUUUAAACUAGAUAAUUGAGUUGUGACGCUUCUUCUGAACGAUAUCAUCAUCAAAACACAUUGACAUCCCGAAGAAAAGCUAUAAGUUAUAUAUAUAAAAGAAAUUUGUACCCUUCUGAUGAUAUUUAAUCAGAAGAGAAUAAAUGAAAGUUUCACAACUCAUCUAGUCAGUUCAAAAAACAAAAAAGAAACUUUAUCAUACUCAUUCAAUUGAAUCAUGAAUCUUUAUUUCAAUAUACAUGUGUAUACAAUAAACGUACAUAUCUUUCAUUGCACAACAUGUUUGUUUACAUCUUCUAACUUGUAAUUGAGUGACAUUUCGGUUAGUUAUUUAUUUAUUUAAUUACUAUGCACAUAGUUCAUUAGAAUUGUAUAAGAUAAAAUAAUUAAAAUAUGUAUGCAUAACAAUCUAUUUGUUCUAUUGUAUUCUUGUAUUCAUUAAACAGAAUUAAAUAAAUAUACACAUCAUUUCAGGUUGAAUACAAGUUCUUUUUUGUUUUGUUUGUUUUUACCUAUAUUUAGAUAAUGUACUGACAACAAACAUCAAUAGUAGAUAGAUAGAUUGAUGUGUGGAUAGAUAGAUAGAUAGAUAGAUAGAUAGAUAGAUAGAUAGAUAGAUAGAU